AUGGCUUCCCGAUACUCGCUCACCGCUGAGCUCCCCGCCACACGCAAGUCACUCCGGCGCAGCAUCCGCUUGCCAGCAGAGACACACAAUCAAGCCGUCCCGCCGUUACCCCAACAGCCUCAACCCCUCACUCAGGACGAAAGUAUCUCUGUCGUACCGCACGAAGCAUGGUCCACUACCCCCGCACCUGCAGCUGCACUCGCUGAUCCAGAACCAACGGUUCGAAGGGACCUCUCACUUCGACGCGGUCCUACUCGCAAAGACGGCGAGUCUCGCGCGCUCAAGUCGGAAUUCGACACCGACGCACCCUCCUCCGCAGCCUACGACGAGCGCGGAUACUUCAUCCUCAUGCCCGCAGACGCGUUUGACAUCACCACCAACGCCUUUUCUGAAGACAAGAGCAACGAUGAAGGCCGAAAGCGCUCCAGCCGGCUCGCAUAUCUCGAAGGCUUGCGAGGCCUCCUGGGGCUCCAAGUGCUCAUCUGGACCUUCUUCCGCAUCUUUGCCCCCGCCAUCGUUGCGGAUCGAGACGUCGACGGUGUUUACCCCGCAGCAUUCAUCGAGCGCUCUCCAGCGUGGCAGUCGAUUCUGCGCAAAGUUCUCUCGCCGCUCCUGUUCGAUGGCGAGCUGCAGGCCUGCUUCUUCAUCAUCCUGUCCGGCCGCGCCAGUCUGCAGACGUUCAUCGAACGACGCCAGGCCAUCACGCUCGCAGGGGCCGCAUUCAAGCGUCCGUUCCGAUUCUUCCUGCCCAUGGCGAUCACUCUCGCACUCGUGUCGGUCGUCAUUGCGGUCAACGGCUUCCGGUACGCGCCGCAGCUCUCAAGUGCGCUGCAGAACCAGCUAGCGGAGCCUCCGCAACAGUGGGGCUCGGUGCUCGAGUACUUCAACUCGCUGCUAUUCUUCUUCAGCACGCCGUUCUACUUCAAGACGGCACGCGCGACCAUGUUUAUCCCGCCGAGCGGGACGCUGUGGAUUGUGCCUGUGCUGUUCCAGCAGACGUACGUGAUGAUCAUCCUUGCAUUUGCCCUGCCGUACACCGUGCUGCGGUACAAGAACCUCGGCAUGCUGCUCCUCAUCCUCACCACGGCCUGGGUCGGCCGCUUCAGCUGGUACACGCUCACCGGGUUGUUGCUUGCCGAAUGGUCGACGGUCUACCUGCAGCUGCUGCCCUCCGGGAAGCGGCUUGGGGGGAAGCGCAUCCCCGUGAACGGAGCGGGGACGCGCUCUAUCCCUGCCUUCCUCCCGGGAGCAUUGCUCCUGGUUCUGGGAGUGGCGCUCAAGUACAUCUGGAUCGCCGCGCUGCCCGCCGACGCAAACCGGGACAUUGUCGCGCACGUUGACGGCAACACGGGCCGGCUCAACUACGCCACCGACCCCGCGGCCACCGCCUACCCGCGCUACGACAACUACCUCGUCGCCACGGGCGCGCUGUACCUCAUCGAGCUCUCCCCGCGCCUUCAGCGCAUCUUUGCAGCUCGCCCGCUCGUCCACGUCGGCAGGUGGGCCUUCUCGAUCGCGCUCAUCUCCGGCACGCUCAUGCUCAGCCUCGGCAGCUUGGUCUGGUUCCAUCUGACCCACGGGUUGGGCUGGACCAGCGAGGCCGCCGUCUUGGGUGUGCUGUUCGUCAUCCUUGUCCCCGCGAGCUGUGCUCUCGCCGAGGCGUAUUCGCGCGUCAUUGACGAUGGCGCCCUGUACGCGGCCGAUUGGCUCUUCAAGUGGGUCCGUGUUUAG